UAGCAUGGCUUUGUAUGUAUGACGCAUUAGAUCCUGGAAUGAGGUAAUAGGUGUGUACAUGCAGCAAAUCUCUCCGGUAGUUAUUUGUUCUUGUGAAUUGGCAUGACUAAAUGAAACGAUCUCACUCCGCCGCCGGUCUCAGCACAAGCUUCUGGACACUAUGCCACUUAAGAAGGUCUGUGAAGGUGUUUCAGAAGAGGAUGGUGUUUGGACGGGGCCAGACAGUCUCUUCAUGUUAGAAAAGUGUGAUAAACAGAAGGAGCCCUGGAAAUCAGUAAUAAAAAGGAAGGUGCGAAAAAAGUGUGCCUGCAGUACUGAACGAGCCAAAGCCCUAAUUAAAGAUUCUUUCCCAAUAUUGAAAUGGCUCCCACGCUAUCGUUUCAAAGACUGGAUUAUCGGAGAUUCCAUGUCAGGCCUAAUCGUGGGCAUCUUGCUGGUUCCUCAGUCCAUCGCUUAUUCAUUACUGGCAGAACAAGACCCUAUUUAUGGCCUCUAUACGUCCUUCUUCUCCAGCAUUAUUUAUGCCUUGCUUGGCUCCUCUAGGCACAUUUCAGUGGGGAUGUUUGGUGUAUUGUGUCUGCUGGUGGGGCAGGUAGUGGACAAGGAACUUACUCUAGCUGGAUACAACUCAGGCACCAAUCUGACGACUCUGGUACUCAUGGACAACAGCACCGGUCCAGUCUGUGACCGAAGCUGCUAUGCAAUCAUGGUGGGAGCAACACUGACUUUCACAGCAGGUGUCUACCAGGUGUUGAUGGGUCUCCUACAAGUUGGAUUCGUGUCAGUCUUCCUCUCGGACUCUCUGUUGAGUGGUUUUGCUACCGGCGCUUCUCUCACCAUCCUCACAUCCCAGGUCAAGUAUUUAUUGGGCCUACGUUUUCCCAGGGUCCAAGGCUGGGGCUCACUCAUAAGAACUUGGAUCAGCCUGUUCACAAAUCUGGGCAAGACCAACGUAUGUGAUCUCAUCACCAGCAUUGUCUGCUUGCUCGUGCUUGUACCGACCAAGGAGCUUAACGACCGUUUCAAGGCAAAGCUCAAGGCUCCAAUUCCCUUUGAGCUCUUUGUGGUCAUUAUAGCUACUCUAGCCUCCCAUUUUGGUCAGUUCAAGGAAACUUAUAUGUCAGAUGUGGCUGGAGAAAUUCCCACUGGAUUUAUGGCUCCACAGCUACCAAACUGGUCUCUCAUACCCAACAUCGCUCUUGAUGCCUUCUCAAUAGCCAUCGUUGGUUUUGCCAUUACUGUAUCUCUGUCUGAGAUGUUUGCCAAGAAGCAUGGUUAUGUAGUGGACGCUAACCAGGAGAUGUAUGCUAUUGGAUUUUGUAAUAUUAUUCCAUCCUUCUUCCGUUGUUUUACGACCAGUGCUGCCUUGACCAAGACUCUUGUGAAGGAGUCGACUGGUUGCCAGACUCAGCUCUCAGCGUUAGUGACUGCUCUGGUGCUGCUGCUUGUCCUGCUUGUCAUUGCCCCUCUUUUCUACUCAUUGCAGAAAUGUGUUUUAGCCGUCAUCAUUAUCGUCAACCUCCGUGGAGCACUGCGAAAGUUCGGAGACAUUCCCAAAAUGUGGCGUGUAAAUCGCGUGGACACUAUCAUCUGGCUGGUAACAAUGGCUACCUCGGCCUUAAUCAACACUGAGUUGGGCCUACUGGUUGGAGUCCUGGUUUCUGCAUUCUGUGUGUUAGGCCGAACGCAGGGUGCUCAGGUCCUGCAGCUUGGCCAAGCAGGAGAUCGUGAGGUCUUUGAGGACCUUGCAUCAUAUAAGGGCCUUCAGACCUCACCAGGAGUAGCUGUUUUCCGGUACAGUGCUCCAAUCUACUACGCCAACCAAGCUUUGUUUAAGAAGUCACUGUACCGCAACGUGGGCCUGGAUCCGCUCAAAGAAAAAGCCAGGCGUAAGAAACUCGAUAAGCAGAAGAAGCAGAAACAGGGUCGAGAAGAACAGAAGCAAAAGAUGGAAGUAUCCACCGAUGUGUAUCUGCUACAGCAUUCGACCUUUCACACAUUAAUCAUAGACUGCGGCCCAGUGAUGUUUCUAGAUACCGCCGGAGUUAACGCUUUGAAGGAAGUAUGCAAGGACUACAACGAUCUAGGUGUGUGUGUACUUUUGGCACAAUGCAGCACCUCUGUUAUUGAUUCUUUGCGGAGGGGAGGCUACUAUGACCCGAAGACCGGAGCCAAAGAAAUACAGUUUUACACUGUUGGUGAUGCCAUCUCAUAUGCCCAAAGCUUAAAUUUACAGAAUGGUGAUUGUGACACUGUUUUGUGAUGCUCUAUAAUGUUUGAAUUUAUAAACGGUUUGCAAUGAACAUUAGUCUUUUUUGACACUAUGCAAAUAUUUCUAUAUGAUUGCUAUGUCUCAGAAAUCUAAUUAUGAGAUUAUGAGCAUCAAAGUUUGAUACUCAGUCAAUAUUAAAGAUAUCAAGGUUGUAUUUUUUGAUAUAAAUGAGCUGGCUUUUCAUAAUAACUAGCUUUUAGAUAUUUAUAUUUAUUGAUAUCCUUUCAGUUUGUUGCUUAUAUACAGUCACAACUGUGACAUUUACACAGCUUUAUGGGUAAUUGUGCAUACUGAAAUAACCAUAAAGCCUGAGUACACAAAACUGUUGCGUGUCUGGUUGAAAGCUCAACACUUUCACCCAGUCACCUGAUAUUUACCUCAGUGACAGAAGCACCAAAGAUUGUACUGCUGAUGUGUCAAUCUUGACACAUUGGCAUUGAUGCCACGGGGCAGUUUUUGAACAUGUGCAGCACUUGUUUCUCAACUAAAGAUUUUUGUUAAGGAGCCAAAUAAAGUCUGGUGAGAUUUUCUUUUUAUAGAGUAAGAUUUUUGGCAUUUAUGUCUGACUGGUUAAACAGGUCUGAAGGAACAGGAAACACAGCAGGAUGUUCAGAAGGGACGUGUCAAAUUGUUAAAGGUCAGGGAGUAGGGUGAAUUACAGCAGGGUAAGGGUUAUAAAUACAGAUGAGCAUUCUGGAAUGCCUUAAUAAAGUUUUGACACACAUAUAUUGUGUAUGCCUUGUAGUGCAUAUUAGAUAUUAGGAAGUAGUUUACAUUGCAAAUGGUGAUAGUCUGAGACUUCAUCAUAUUUAUUAAAACUUUUUGUAAAUGAUCUUAAUGCUUUAAAAGAAAGAUUGUUUCUAUGCAUCUUAAUUGUUGUAACAGAAUCAGCUUUACUUUGUUACAGAUUUGUUACUAUUUAAAAAAAGGCUACAUACGAAUUCAGGUAUUCUUGUAUGUGUGCAACUUUUGUCAACAUGUAAAGUACUUGUAUUAAGUACUUGUAUUUUUCAAUCAAUAACUUGUGUAUAUUCUAUUACAGAUGUGAGUUUUUGCUUCUAGUUAGAGAAAUAUGGUUUGUAUUUAUUAUUACAUGUUCAAAA